AUGACGUCAUUCACAAAGAGGGCGGCGGUGGCUGGCACGUGGGCGCACGUGGCAGAGGACUACUGGUGGGCGAGCGGCAAUCCCUACAGCACCAAAGGUUGCCUGGGGGAUUCUGGAACAUGGUCCGAGUCUGCGCCGGAUUAUUACACCGACGAUGAGCAGCUCGAGGCUAACGGCCUCUACAGAGAGUUCAGCCGGCUGCAAAGCCAUUUCCACGGGCUGAGGCACCAGGUAGAACGCUUGGCGAAGCAGGCGGCCGCCGACAAGCUGUCGAUCGCCUUGUGCAAGAACAUCUGGAAGGAGGAAGUCGUCGGUGAAGUCUACCGGGGGCUGUCCAACAUACUGGCCGCGGGGACGGCCGAGCACAUCAGAAGGCUGGACUGUCGUCAGAAGAACCUGCUGCGCUUCUGCUUGCAGCACAGACCACUUCGAGCGGACGAGGAUUACUUUUCCUUGCUCGCGAGCGGUUCGGCGCCCCGCGGGCACGACCGUUCGGCGCUCGACAAGGCGCUGCGCGCGGGCGAGAGGCGUCUGACGAACGAAAUGGGGAGACUCCACUUUGGGCACCUGCGAAAGACUGGGGAGAGCCUCCAAGUCUAUGCCCCACCGGCGCACGUCAUCCGCUGGGUCGCGCGCGCGCGGAUGGCGCCCUUGCUGACGCAACGCGGCGCGGGUGGGCACCUUUUGGAGCGGGUCAGCGGCUGGCACGAGACCGCGGCCCUGCUGACGCAGAUUCGACGAGAGCUUGAGACAAGCCAAACCUGCUCCCAAGAAGCUCUGGAAGAGGAAGCCGUCCUCUUACUUGGAGUUUUGCUGGGAGAAGCUUGCGUUGCUAGGUUUGGGGUCCUCAAGUCGGACAAGUUCCUUGACUGGUACUUGGACAUGUCCAAUUAG